CAGGCGCUGGACAUCCGGGGCAACACGGUGAACCACACCAAUGUCUCUUUUGAAGCGCGCUUUUACCUUGACAACUACACCGGGGGCUACCUACGACCCUUGAGCUUCAGGUCUGUGCCUCUGAUGUUGCAGCGAACCACGGACAGCUGGCUCCACGACCACCUUCACGUCAUGGACUUUGUGUUGAUCGAGCCGGGGAACUACACGAUGGAGCUGGAUUUGGUGGGAGCGGGUCCUUUGGCAGUCAGCCCGCUGAAGAUUCUGGCGGCGCAAGAUGAUGUUCAGCCACAGAUGUGCACCGUCUCUGGAUCUGGCGCAACCAGCUUCACUGCAGGGGUGGAGACCAACUUCACCCUUCAGUUGCGGGAUGCCUUUCAAAACCCUGUGCCCCACAUUGAUGGCACGGAGGUUUCAGUGGACUUGGCCUUCGUGGAGGAGAUCAAUCCCAACGGCACCCUGAACGACCGGCUCUUCCGGAACCUCACCGGAGGCCACUACACAACAGCCACCUCCAUCACGAAGAGCCCUCAUGGCACCUAUUUGAUCACCUACACCGGGCUUCGUGCUGGGCUUAACACCUUGGCGGUGAAGGUCAAUGGUCUGCUCAUCAUGGGCGAGGAGGAGCAGGUGAAGUACAACCCACCGCUGCAGGGGCAGAAUCUGCCUUUGGAGGUCAUCGGCACCUACAACCAGCGUGCGGAUGGGCAGAUGACGGUCUUUGCGCCGGCGAGGCUUCCUUUGGAAUGCACGACGGGGGUCCUUUGCUCAGUAGUGUUCCAUAUGCGGGACACCUAUGGGAACCGCAUGCUGGCAGACUUCACGUCGCAGCUCCGGUACCACACGGCCUCGGUGCUGUGCAAUCCGCGGGACAUGGAGGAUGUACGAUGCACGCCAGUGGAUGAGGGCGAGUGCCGACACCUCUUCGGUGAGAUGCACACCUGCGACCUGGUGCCCACCAUCGGUGGGAACUUCCUCCUCAGGCUCUUGGUCAAUGAACAAGAUGCCUCCUUUGGCCUCUGGGCGGAAACCGGGAAUGUCUAUACCUUGGAGGCGGGCCUCAGCUACACGCAAGGCCCCACGGAGAUCCUGAUGAACAUUGGAGACAUCAAUACGUCCACCUCCACGGUGGAAGGGCCUGGACUUGACCUUGCAGGCAACGUGGUGGGUGUUCCAGUGAUGGUCCUGGUGCAGUUGAAGGAUCAGUAUGGCAACAACCGCAUCGUGACGGGCAGCGACUUCCAGCAGCGCCUCAACGGGAUCCUCGCCUCGCUGGGCGACACGGCGCUGGACACCGUGGUGAACGACAACGGGACCAUCUCCGUGACGGUGCAAACGAUCAUCGCCGGCUACCAUCGGCUACGCAUCCGAAUGGGUAUUGGCUGCCUACAGGCCAACCCAGUGGAGCUCUGCGAUGAUAUCUCCGGCUCACCCUCGGAGCUUCUGUGGUGGAAGGCCGCGGAGGUCUCGGAGAACGGGAUGACGUGCGACACGCCCUACAUUUUCCAGGCGGGGACCAAGUAUCACUUCACCUGCACUGGGCGGGAUCUCUUUAGUAACCUCAACCCAGAUCACGAGCUGCAACUCGUCGCCUAUUUCGACUUCCAAGCGGACCCCGACGGCAGCGUGCCACUGGACGGUUGGUUCCGAGGGAAUCUCACCGGCUACAAUCUGAACCAAAGCUUUCGUGGCAGCUACAGCCCAGUGGACUCCUUGUACCACUUCGAGCCCACGGUCUACCGUGCCGGCUACUACAGCAUUGAGAUCUACCUCUCAAGAGGUGACGGAACUGGAACCCCUGUGCUGGUCUUGCCGAGCAACGUAGUAGCACUAGGCCGGCCUCGAGGGGAGCAGACCAUCAUCCUUUGCACGCCCGCGCAGCCGUCGAACAUGUCCUCGGUGGUGGUGCCCUUCGUCACCGCCUCGGCCACCGUGGCCAACGAGGUGAACAUCCAGACGCGAGACCGCUUCGGGAACGCCAUCGAGGUGAACGGUGGGGACAUCGUCACAGGGCUCCUCUAUGGUGAGCAACAGGUGAGUAUCAGCUUCAUCCACUUGGUGCAAGGCCGCUACCGUGGGGUGCUGGUGCCGCAGGAUGCUGGAGCCACGGUGGUCGACUUCAAGGUGGCCGGAGAGUCCAUCCUCGGCUCACCGUUUGACUUCCUAGUGACACCUGGGCCGAUGGUGAUCACGCGCUCGCUGGUCGAGGGCUUCCCUUCGGAGUUGACUGCAGGAAAGCUUUCUUGUUGGAAUAUUACUUUGAGAGACAACAGCGAGAACCACCUGAUGUCGGGGCAAUUCGCGGGCAAUGCCAACGAUCCGACGUUGGAGUCCGUGACCUGCUCGGAUGCCGGCUCCUACUGCAACCACACCGAUUUGAAUGGGACCUUCACCUGUUGCAUCAACAAGACAAUGGUCCAAGAGGGCCAGGCCAACUACGUCCUGGAUCAGUUUGCCUUCUCUUGCCGCGUGCGAGGCGACGAUAUCGCUCAGCCAGUGAACAUCAAGCUGAAGCCACACGCGGUGUCGCCGCUGUGGCCAGACAGCAGCAUCAAGCAGCAGCCCUAUGGCAUGAUGGGACCAUACGAAUUUCCGAUGUACAUCGAUGAGGGCACAGGUUGGCAGGACUGGCCGAGCUUGUACUUCCGACGGGUGCAGAAUGAUUUGUCGCAGCAGCCGCAGCAGCGCUACAAUCAAGUACGACUUUGGUAUGCGGACGGGUUUCAAAAUGUUUUCCGAGGCUCAGAUGACGCCGUCUUGCUUUGCGAGGUGAAAGGCCCCCAUAGCCUGCAGCAGCGGACGUUGGGGAGGCCUUCGAGGCCGAUCUAUCGCUUGCCCUAUGUGCUGAACCAGGAGUUGGGCGUCUUCGAGGUGAACCUGGACUUUGCCCAGGCCGGUUACCACGAGGUCUUCUGCUCCACAGCGGUGCGUGGGGGCGCGAAUGCGCAGUACUUCACCCAAAGCGACUGGCAAGGCGAUGAGACCCGGCAGGUGGUCCAGGAGGUGAACCUCAGCGUGGGCGUCUUCGAGUCACCGCGCUCUGCACGUUGGGAUGCCCUGCUGGUGCCGCCCCGCUCGGCCAACUACACGCUGAUCCUCAAAGCGCAUGGGCAGGAAGCUCAGCUGGUCUUUGAGAACCGUUUGCGUGCGAAGAUCCGUGCCGUGGGCGAGUUGGACGAGGACAUCGAGACGCAGAUCGGCCCGCUGAAUCUGACGGUCUUGGAGCCGUACUCCGUGCAGGUGAGCUGGACCGGCCGCGGCGACUUCACGCCGAGCUCGGUGCAGCUGCGCUGGGAGAGCGACGGAGGGCUGCCACCGGAGGUGAUCCCGGCCACGUACCUGUACCACUCCAAGACGCUGCUCAUUGGAUACCCCCGUGGCAUCAAUGUCUCGGACGUGCCGGGGCCGGUCCAAUCCUUCGAGCGGCUGCAACCCUUCGAGAACGGCAAGGUG